AUGUACUCAUAUGACGGACAGCCCGCCGACGCUGCACUCGAUAACAAUAGCCAGAGUCAUCCAAGUCUGGCAGCUAGUCAUUCCAGCUAUCCCCAGGCCGCUGGCUUUGAUUUGGACUACCAGCAGCCCCACCAUAACUCAUCCCACUUUGUGAAUGUGCCCGGGCCAGUGAGCCAGAGCUCUGACCUGGGCGACCAGACAUUAGCAUCGUUUCCCUAUACACCACUUUCUUUCCCCAGCCGUGCCUCCCACUCUGCAAAUACUUUUCCAGACCCCCACUUCAUCGAUUUACCCACAAACCUUCGCGAUCAUUAUGAUCUCGUCAUGCCUGGCGCUGACGAAGAUCCAUCAAUGUCAUUUGUCAAUGACCCAUUCCAGUUCACCCUCAAUCCACAUGUAGGGUAUCACCCGGUGUACAACCCUUCUGCUAUCCCUUACCAGGGAUCUGGGCCAUCGCACCCAUCUCCUUCUCAGUACUUUCCUGUAUUCCCUCCGCCCAUCGUGUCUGUUGAUGGAAUAUCCACUUUAGCGCCAGGCUCAGAGGAUAUUGGGCCUCUUGGAGAGCUGCUACAUCUGGAUGAGCUGUUUACAUGCCCAUUCUUGACUGAGCAAGAAAGAAAAACGGCGGCUCAUGAGGCGUUGGUUUUGGCAGCAAGUGUAUAUGAUGAAGAGUACGAGAGUCGAUGGGGUGCAGAAAACCUCACUGUGUUCUACAAAUCGUUCACAAUGCUGCCGUCCGCAGAUAUCAUGUCAACAUGCAAGAAAAGCACCCGUGGCAUGGCCGAAAUCGGGUACGAUCUUCGCUCAUCAAUCUGGUCAGAGGAUCAUGAACCACAGUAUCUGAUUGAUAUGGUGAAGGACCUCAUCGACGAUCCUUUAUUCCCCCUCAAAUUCAUAUUUGGGAAUGACUUGGGUAAUCACCAAGUUGACAAGAUGCACCCAUUCGAACAUCGCGUCAUAUGCACAGUCGUUAUCAACACCAUUUUGAAACUCGGCUAUGUACCUUACAUUACUGAACUUGAUGCUUUGUUUUGUACAGCUGCAGCGGCUGUGGAGUGUGCUCUACAGGAGCUAGCGAGCGGACAGCUAAACACGUCCAUUGACUUUGGGGUAUCUAAUUUCAAACCUAGGUAUACAUUACUAUUGGAGUAUAUUUGUGACCACAUCAAAACCAACCCAGAGAGCUCUGCACAUUGGGAAGAGUUCAAAAACCGCAUUCGUGCCAGAUUGGUAGACAUAACUGCAUACCAUGCUUGA